AUGAUGAACCUUUCCUUCUUUGGUAGGAAGCUACAACAUCUUUUUAGCCCUUAUUUCCAAUUCAACUUCAACUCAUUUUUCAUUCAGCUUUGUUAUUUUAUGAUCAUGUCUGUUUUUGGAUACUUGGGUCUCAAGGUAUCGAAACCAAAAACCUAUGUUAAGCCUAAGAACUUCGACCUGUUUUAUACUUCUGUCUCUGCUUCUACUGUCUCAAGUAUGACGGCCAUAGAAAUGGAAGUUUUCUCUAACUCCCAACUCGUCCUCAUAACUUUUCUUAUGUUUUUUGGUGGUGAAGUUUUCAUUUCCUUACUAGAACUUGUCUUUGCUAGGUUCAAUAAUAACAAUUCAUUCACUUCCAUGAAAAAUGAUUAUAGUGUCAAAGUUAGUACUAAUAAUAGUCUUCCAAUAAAAAAGGUCAAUGAUCAAAUUGAGCUUGGUUUAGUUUCUAUUCCUAAUCAUCACUCAUCACAAGACCAAAACCAAGUCAUUGAUGUCAAUUAUGAUAUUAACAAUAAACAUAUACUUAGGUCUAACUCCCUUAAGUAUUUGAGUCAUGUAGUUUUAGGUUACUUUUUGGUGCUUCAAUUUGUUGGCACUUUCUUGGUUUCUAUGUACAUGAGCUUCAUACCUAGUGCAAGGCAAGUACUUAGAGAAAAAGGUAUCAAAACCCUAACAUUUUCUUUAUUCACCAUAGUUUCAACUUUUGCAAGUUGUGGCUAUGUCCCCACAAAUGAAAAUAUGAUAGUUUUCAAGAAGAAUUCAGAACUUCUUCUUAUUAUUCUCCCAUAUAUCCUUCUUGGUAACACCUUAUAUGCACCAUGCUUGAGGUUUGUGAUUUGGGUUCUUGAGAAAAUUACCAAAAGAGAGGAAUUUUCAUACUUGCUUAAGAAUUCAAAGGAAAUAGGUUUUGGUCAUUUGCUACCUGCCCUUCAUUCUUGGCUACUUGUUGCCACCGUUUUGGGGUUCAAUAUAAUUCAAUUUGUGAUUUUUUGUUCCAUGGAGUGGGGAACACAAAUCACGGAUGGUUUGAAUCCUUAUCAGAAAUUUGUUGCGUCUUUGUUUCAAAUCACAAAUGCUAGACAUUCUGGUGAAUCCGUUUUUGACCUCUCUACUAUCUCUUCAGCUAUAUUGGUCCUCUUUGUCGUCAUGAUGUACCUUCCACCAUACACAACAUUCAUGCCCAUAAUGGACCACAAAACUGAAAAUGAAGCCAAGAGAGACAAAAGAAGCCUAGUGGAGUGCCUUUUGUUCUCUCAACUUUCAUAUUUGGUUAUUUUCAUUAUUUUGAUUUGCAUCACUGAGAACAAAAGCCUCAGAGAGGAUCCUCUCAACUUUAAUGUUUUCAAUAUCACCAUAGAAGUCAUCAGUGCAUAUGGGAACGUAGGUUUCUCAAUGGGAUAUAGCUGCGCAAGGCAAUUGAAAGCGAAUGGUAGUUGCAAAGAUUUAUGGGUUGGAUUUUCUGGGAAAUGGAGCAACAAAGGCAAGUUCAUCCUUAUUCUUGUCAUGUUCUUCGGAAGGCUCAAGAAAUUCAACAUGAAAGGUGGCAAAGCUUGGGACCUAUCCUAGCUACUAAUUCCUAUAUAUCAGGAUUCUAAAAAUCAAA